CGGGCUGAUAAACUUUAGAAAAAAUGUCAAAUAUCACCGGCAACCUCACUAAUCUAAUCCCCCCAAUCAAGUAGUAGUCCGUAGACGACCAGCAAGUGAAACCAGUGCCCGUUGUAAGUGCACAGACCAUAGUAGCCCCUCAACUCUCACCACCAGCCGAGGCUCCACCACCACCACCGUCGGCUGCUCCUGCCCGUUCAGGUGUGUUAUCGGGUGUCACCAAAGGAUUGGUAAGUCCAGGAGCUGCAACGUUCCAACCGCCAGACCCCACCAAAAUACCCAUCAAGCAGACAAUGGAUCAGACAAUGUCUGAAUAGCAGUAUUGUCAAGGGCCAACAAUUGAUCAAGACGGCUGAGUAGCUCAAACUGGCCAGCUCGUGUCAAAGUCGGUGGAGGACCUGGAUCGACUGCAGGACCUUGAGCGAUGCCGUGCUGGCCCAACAUGAAGUUCAAAUUCAAAGCAAAACGGUAUUCGACGAAUACCAAUGGAACACACUCUGAGCCUUCAAGGGGUCGGUCAAUUGGUCGAAGAGAGUAGCGAGGUCUGCGCGGGCGACAAUAAGAAAACAAAAAUAGUUGUGUUAGUGACACCAUGGUUUGUGAGGGAGUUCUCGUUGUUGUUGCUGCUGCUGCGGCCCGCAAAACAGUUACAAUAAAACAAUAACACACUGAAGAUCACUGGGAUCUUCUUACCGGCCUUCAUUUUCUGUGAACAAUUAAUCGAAUGGAAAGAAACAGAAGAAAGGAAUGAGGUGCUGUCAGCUGCGGAGCAGCUACUAGCAACAACUUGUCUCGACUCACCUUCUGUUUUUCUACCUUUCUCAAGCGACGCUGUGCCUUAUUGUUCUCAGACGUAAAGUCUAUAUCUUUAGCGAAACUAAUGCGCUUCUUGUUGCUGCUGUUGUCGGUAGUGUUGCGGAGCGGAAUCUGCAUUCUGCUGCUGUCCAUCGUGCAUUGUUGUACAGUAUUACAUGUACAGUAUUGUGAUCAUUAUGUUCGCGCCGUUGUCACAAUUGACAUUGGACGGAUUCGAUUCAUCAUUCGGAUGGCAAAGGGCGCAAAAUGUUAGGCUGGCGGUGGCAUUGACAUUCUAACGGCUUUGGAACGUGGAAUCCGAACGGUAGGGUUAACGUUACCUGUUUCAGGUACAGUCGUACAUGUACAAUGUCAUCAAGAAUGAGAUUUCUCAGACACACCAGGAAAUGAACCUUUCUCACAGGGUCCUUUAGAAGACCUGUCAUACAUAACACCACGCAAGUUCUGGUGUGAGAGCUGGAAGCAUUGAAUGGAGAUGGGAGGCGAACAAUACAUUGUAGCGAAGCUGUGUUCCCAGCAAAAGAUGGAGUUUCUUUGUACACAUGCAGGUUUUCCAGCAAACCUGUCAGUACUACUGCGGUGAUCUCUGUCAACAAUGCCAACUGCAUGUUGUAUCUGCCAAACGACCACAAGAGAGAUAUCAUAGCGAUUGGAUUACUUGUUACCAACCAUCGUUGUCAUGGCCAGUAGCGCAUGUUCAGAACGCACCUCUAUUAUUCGGCCUACGAAUGGUGCCAGAUCUCGAUCGCCGGCCCGAGACAAAAUUGCUAUGAAAAAAGAACCAAGGACCAAGGACGAUGACGCUGACAGGAAGGAUGACGUCCAUCAAGAACGGAGACAAGUUGCUGCUGGCAACUACUAUUCUGGAAGAUAUCGAAGGAUAGCAUGGGCGACCAUCGCAUUCAUGUGCUGGUGUCUAAUCCAAUCAGCCAUGAGAAAGCCAUUGCCAACUCCAGGAGCAUCUCUCGACAGUAGGUAUAACAUCAACAGCAAUGCCAUCUUUCCUUUUGUGGAUGAAUUGGAAACUGAGUUCAACCGAAACAGUGACGCCCAUAUUGACAAUUUACAGUGCAUAUCAUGGCGUGCUACUGUCGGUUGUACCCCUGAUGGACCACACGUUGGCAACAAAAGGACGCCAUCUCUGCAGGGUUUCUUUCAUCGGGAUUGGCCAUGUGCUAAGAAGUUGCCUGCUCUAGCUGGGGGCUCUGGCUAUUGUGAGAUGCAAACAGAGACAGGAGAAAUGGUCAAAGUCUUCCAAAAAGGUUGCUACGAGGGUUACCCAUUACGGACUGCCAAGUUCACAGCUUCCUUUUCUUGUGAUAUGGCAGCUUCCUUUCUGAAGUACAAAAACAGAAUGAUGAACUUCAAACCCACUGAACCAAUGGCAUUUUCUGGAUAUGCAGUGCCUUCCAGGGGUAUCGUCAUGCAGGUUUUUGGAAAGGUGCUGCCAAGUGCUUAUUCCAUUGUCCGAAUCUUGAGAGAUGUACAUGGCUGUGACCUACCCAUUGAGUUGUGGUCAUUAGCUGGAGAAGUCACCAAGAGUGACCCAGUUGUUCGACAGUUGUUGGACUUGCCUGACAUCAAUUUGCGAACGAUCCAUGAUACUUCAAUCAAAUCAUACAUGUCAAAGCUAUACAGCAUUGUCUACAGCCAAUUUGAUCAGGUUUUAUGGUUGGACAGUGAUAAUUUUCCUUUCCGAGAUCCCUCCUUUCUGUUUGAAACUGCGGAGUUCGAACAAACUGGCUCCAUGUUCUGGAAGGACUAUUGGAAGCCCCAACAAAACGAUUUCUACAUCACCAAGCACUCAUUGGCGUGGGAGCUGUUUGAUAUACCACCUGACUCACCAAUUCGUAAUGAAAUGGAGCUAGAGGCUGGGCAGUUUGUUAUUGAUCGAAGAAGGACCAAGAAAGCGCUCCAUGCUCUGCUAUUCUUGACCUUGACGUUCAAAGAAAUCAUUCAACCAUUGGAUAUUCUUUUGGGGGAUAAGGAUCUCUUCAAGUUUGCCUUUCACGCGACCAAAACUCCAUUCCACUACAUUGAGAAACCACCAGGUUAUGCUGGUUAUGCAGCUCCGCCUUUGAUGAGAAGCGAUGCUGUAUGUGGUCAAACAAUGAUACAACCGGACCCGGCGGGGGACCCACUGUUCUUUCAUAGGAACAUGGCAAAGAUUGGUAGCAGAAAAGCUCUCAAGCGGGUGUGGGAAAAGGGAUUGAUGUUUAAAAAUGGCAACUCUGAGGCUGAAUACCAUACUGAGAUGUGGCCCAGCCUGUGGAGAUUGUGCAUGUGCUUCUAUCCAAAAAAUCCCAGUAUAUAUGAGGAACUGGACUUUGGCGAAGGGUCUGAGGUGGAGCAAUUCGAGGAGAAACUCUUGUUCUAUGCUGAUGAAGCCCUGUCAAUUCUCGACAACGAGAAGCGGUAGCUAGCUAGCAAACAGGGGUGCCUACCGGUACCGGUAUACUAUUGAUUAGCCUGUAAACAAUUUCAUUUAUGCAUUUGGAUAC